AUGACGCAAUACCUCCUUUGUUGCUCGAUCAGAAGUCUUCCAUUGCCUCUUUCUCCUCCGUUGAAGAAGACUCAUUUGGUACUGCAAAAACAACAGCAACUGACUGCUCAGGCAACACAAACUGCAACUGCAACUGUAAAUGCUCAGGCACCUGCAAUUGCAAAUGCACAGCUAAGUUAUACUGUAACUGUAGCUGCAACCUUAUUUGCAUUUGAAACCGCAACUGCACAUUACCCUACACUGCAACGCCUACUGCAAAAGCAACUGCAACUGACAACUGCAACGGCAAUUGCACAUGCACAAGCAACUAACUAUUCAAAAUCAACUUUAAAUGCAACAGUACAUGCAACUGCAACUGCAGCUGCAAAUGCAACUGCCAUUUAUUCUGCGAUUGCACUUAAUACUGCAAAUGGAAUAGCAACUGCAAUUGCCACUGCAAAUGCAUGGGAACUUGCCAUUGCACAAUCACAAACGGCUACUGCAACUGAAAUAGAACCUGCAAUUAAACAUGCAUCGGCUACUGCAACUGCCACUGCAAAUGCAUUACAAACUGCCAAUGCAACAGCAACAGACUAUGCAUUAGCAAAUGCAAGUAAAACUGCUUUCUUACCUAAAACUGCCACAGCAUUUUCUGCUGCAACUACAACUGCAACUGCAACUGCGCAUGCAACCGAACAUGCAGCUGCUACCUUAACUGUUACUGCAUAUGCAACAAUACCAGCAUCUGCAACUGGAGCCGCAUAUUCACCUGCAAAUACACUAACAACUGCAUUUGCAAAUGAAAAUGCAAUAAAAACUGCAACUCUCGCUGCAGCUUUAACUGCAGAUGCAACUGCAACUGCACAAUCUACCGCCACUGCUACUGCUACAGAACAUGCAGAUACAACUGCAAUUUUACCCGCCAACCUAAAUGCAAAUAAAUCUGAAGCUGUACAUGCAACUGCACUUGAACAUUUCACUGCAACUGCAACUGCUAAUGCACAUGCUAUUGCAUUAAGUCAUGACAUGCGUAUGAUACUUUAA